UGAGAGGGUGUAGUAUGUAUGUCAUGCUUUUUGCAUUGCAUUGCGUGCUGGGGAGUACGUCACAUUACAAAUGGAUGGGUGGUGCUGCUUACCAUAAGUAAGCUUUGCUGAUGGAAUAUAUAUGGCAUCUUAAAGCUUCACAAGGCUUAGAAUUAUAAUCUUUUUCGAACAGCAUUCUCGACUGUUUUUGAAUAAGUACAAAAACAAAGACCAUCUCUAAAUAUAUCCAAUCAUGGCCGCCGCUGCAGUCCAACACGCUCCGGGUAGCGCCCUCGGGCAAGUUGUAGAACCUUUUGCUCAGGAGAAUACCUUGAAGCCUGCGAAGCAUGACGUUUCUGCGGAGCUAUACUAUUACAAGGAGAACGAGGACGGAUCUCCCCCAGAUCCUACUUACGUUGGUAAACCAAGCACUUAUUUACGCCCUCACACCACAGAGAACUUCGUCAUCCACGACGUUGCCGGAGAGGAGGAGAAAUACACCAUUGACAGCCAUGGCUUUCAAUUCUUGAAGCAUGAAAGCAAGGAGAAAGAUUUCCUCGACGAUGAGAAGAUCAAGGCGGAAUACUACCCGGAAGUCGAGCAACUUCUGAAGGAUGCCACUGGAGCAACUCGCGUUUUCAUCUUUGACCAUACAAUUCGCCGCUCAACCGGCGAUGCCACCGACGGCCAACCCGAUCUCCGCGGCCCAGCACGCCGGGUUCACAUCGACCAGUCCUAUAGCGCCUCCGAGAACCGUGUGAGGCACCACCUCCCUGAUGAAGCCGAAGAGCUUCUCUCGAAGCGCUUCCAGAUCAUCAAUGUGUGGCGCCCGAUUAAGACCAUCACCCGAGAUCCGCUCACCUUCGCCGAUGCCCAUUCCGUGCCCGACAGCGACCUCAUCCCCGUCAAGCUGAUCUACCCCGACCGCGAGGGCGAGACUUACGCCGUCAAGGCGAACCCGAGCCACGAGUGGUACUUCAAGUACGGGCAACGGCCCGACGAACCAUCGUUGAUCAAGUGCUUCGAUUCUGUGGACGAUGGGCGCGCGAGACGAGUUCCGCACACGGCAUUUGUGAAUCCGGAGCAUGCGAAUGAUCCGCCGAGGGAGAGCAUUGAGGUGCGGACGCUGGUGUUUUAUGAUUAUUAGGUGUACCUGAAGUUGACAUCGUUAUGUAAACCGGAGUUUAACGAGUAAUUGUCCGAUGUUUCCAAUGUUUCCAGUGUUUCUAGUCACGGAGAGGUUUCCCCCACCGAAAUUUCCGGAUUGUAGAUUCUAUAGCUGGUAGACCAGAAUGGAAAAAAUUCUUUAAAAAAUAGAUACCGGUAGGCGUUCUGCUAGAAAUUGGUCUUUUUGGAGUCCGAUGUAAGUGCUGAACGGAAGUGUUCAGCAGCAGAGAGCUCUCCCUCCUGCUCUAGCCCGCUGGCCUUCUCCGCGAAGUAUUCCUCAAGCACUGUUUAGACAACAUGGAGCCGAAGAUCCAAUAUGUAGCACAGGCAUACAUCUGGUGUACGACGUUCGCUACCGAGAAGGUCUGAGGGCGCAACGGGAUCAG